CAGCGGCAGUCGGAGCUGUUGCCUAGAAACCACCUGAGCUGGCGACGCCUGUUUAGUCUCCGUUUGGAUAGCAACGGUGAAGUUGACUAUCGGUAUGCGUAUUAGAAAGUCGACAGAAUUGCGCCACAAUUUAUUUUACAUUCACGUUAGUGAGAGGAAAUAGUUAUAUUGUAAGUAGUAACUAUAAAGUCAGAACAUGGCUGGAAGUUGCGUCCGAGUCGAGCCACCGUUUGUCGAGUUCAACGAUGUGACAGUUGGACAGGUUUGCAAGACCAAAGUUACGGCUUCAAAUGUUGGGAAAACGUCGAAGAAAAUAAUGAUUGAAAAACCUUCGUCAAAGCUGUUUAAGUUCACAGCAUCCAGCUCAGCUUUCGUGGUGGCUCCUGGUCUGUCUGUAAGCGGUUUGCUGGAGUUCACUCCAGAAGGAGACAAGGAGGUCAGAGACAGCCUUCUGAUUCAUAUAGAUGAUGUGGAGACCAUUGAAAUUCCACUGCUGGGAUUUCCCAGAGCUUGCUCCCUCCUAACGGACUCAGUACUAGACUUUGGCUGUAUUGCUGCCAGUAGUGAGGUGAUCAUCAAACAUCACCAUAUAACUAACCAAGGAUCGGCACCAGGUGUGUUCCACGUGCAGUACAAAGGAGACCCCUCAGUCAAACUCUCACCCUGCAGUGGCGUCGUGGCAGCUGGUGCCACCCAGUGGCUGAAAGUGGAACUGCGCACAGACAGGCCCAGGCUGAUUGAUGAGAAGGCCCUGGUGAAACUCCAGAAUUGUUCUGCUGUGGUUCUCUGUAUCAAAGCUGAGGUGGUGGACCAGCACCUUGAGCUCUUUGACCUGCAGGGGUCCCCAAUCUCUUGUCUGUGGUUUGGACCCGUUUACUUUGAGACAUCCUGUGUGGAGAAUGUAGUUCUGAGAAACAAUGCACCCCAGGCGUGUGACUGGGUCUGUCUGCUACAGGAUAGUGCUGCUGGGACUGAGGUGGGAACAGACCUCCAGAAGAGCACAGAUGCCGCCCUGCUGGAGGGAAUGAAGAAGUGCAGCCCAACCACCCAAGAUGUCUCUCAGGUCUUUGUUUGUGUCCCGAGACAGGGUCGAUUAGGACCGUAUGAGAAAACCACUGUGGCAAUACGCUUCAGCCCCAUCUGCAAGAGUGUUUCUGCAGAGAAGGAGCAUGGUUACUCAGUCAGCCGGCAAGACUACUGUCUUUUCCUGCUGUUUGAAUCAGUGGGAAGCAGAUUUGGCUUCACUCACCAUAAUGGUGACAGUAGUGUGGAGCUGGCAGUGACAGGUUCCGGACUGCCCUUGUCUCUGGUACCGAGUCCCUCUCAAAGAUUUGAUUUCGCCACCUGUGUGACAGGCCAGCGUGUGGACAUGCUCUGCGUCCUGAAGAACCUCUGCCCCCAACUUCCUGUCAACUUCCGCUUUCGCAAGUUAGCACAUUUCACCACUAAGCCCUCCACCGGUACAAUCCCCCCUGGACAGUGCCAGGAUGUAGUCUUGUCUUUCACUGCACGGCAGCAAGGGACCUUCCAUGUGCGUCAGAAGCUAGAUGUCUUAGGUUAUGUGGUUCUGAGGAGUGGCAACACUGCUGAAGAUGUCACUGGACUUGAGCUUUGCAGCUUCCACACCAUUGCUCUACACCUGUCUGCUGUCUGCCGCAGUGAGACCACACACCCUGUGCCUAAACUAAAUCCUGGCAUCACCCCAGCGGUGACCAAUCCAACUGGACUGCAGCCUCAGGUUCGGUCCAGUGAACUGGCUCGAUGUCGUGGAAUGGUGCGUGCUGCCAUCCUCAGUGCUGACAAAACACGACUCCACUUAAAUCGCAGGGAGAGGAGUCAGACCACUGAGGGGAAGGAGUUCUUGGCUUUUCCGAAUGACCGAGCCAGGAGCAUCAGGCCUGCCUCUGCACACAGACAAUACAGGACAAUCUUCACUGGUGUACACCGUUAUCGCUAUGUGGACACCGACUAUGCUUUCACGGAGGAAGAGGAGAAGCAGAGACAGCAGCAUCAACAGAUUUACAAAGACUUCAUCAAACAGCUCAGACAAACACGCCUGCAGAGGAUCAGUGAGAGGCAGAAAGAGAAAAUAGAGGACAGCGUGGAUAUUGGGAUUGUUCCCUCACAGGGGCUUGUUCCCCCAACACUCCACAUCAGCGAGCUGGAGAGCAGUAAGAGCUCAGAGUCCAGUCCAAAGUACAGCUGUGCUUCUCCAGCAACCAACAACUGCCACGACAUGAUAUCCAAGGUUUCUGAGCGGGUGAAUGCAGUUCCCUCUACCAGCCAGCAGGUGGCAGACUGCAACAGGACUCUGACAGCUCAGGAGCUCUUCCAAGUUGACAUAGGUCCCUUGUUAGUGGACUUUGGGGAGGUCUGUGUGCAGUCAGUGUGUGUUCAGAAUCUGGAGCUGAUAAAUCGUCUGUCAGUGUUCAUCUGGGUGCAGCUGGAGGUGGACUGCCCUGAGCUGCAGGGCUCCUCACCCCUCUCCCACAUCCUGUCACCCCACUCCCACAGCAUCUUACCUCUGAUGUUUCAAAGCAGCAAGCUGGGUCCCUUCUACAGACCUGUAUCCUACUCUGUGAACCGGAAACACACAGGUCAGAUACUAGUCCAGGCCAAGGUUGUUCCGUUGGCUCUGGAGCUGUCCACCACCCUGUUGGAGCUGCACCCCACCCCCACUAUGCUUGCCCAGUCUGGAUACAGGAGCUCAGUUACCCUUCGAAACCAGCGUAACCAUGCAGCAGAGUUCACAUGGAGACCUGUUGUGACAGAGUGUGGCAUCCUGUUCUCCAUUCGGCCAGCUACAGGUACAGUGGAGCCAUACAGGGAAUUGGACUGUGAGGUGGUCUGGCAUCCCUCCUUCUCCUCUCCUCCACAAGGAGACUUUGACCUCUGUGUCCAUGAUGGCAACACCCAGAGCCUGCACUGUGUUGCUAAGGUUGGAUCCACCAGUGUCCAGCUGGCAGACAAACAUGUCAUAUUUGGAUCAGUGCCACUCAACAUGCCUUCUGUCAGAACUGCAGUCUUACACAACACUGGUCAGAACCAUGCCUACUAUCAGGUGGUAGAUGUUUGCCCUCUGCCGGGUAUGGUGGUAGGUCCACCUGAGGGCAUGGUGCCAAGUGGAGGGCAGGCUCUGCUCAAGAUCGACUUCAACCCUGAUUCGGUCAUCAAGUUUGACACCCGAGUCGAGAUAGCUCUGAGGAGCUUGAAGUCGAUUGAGCUCAGAGUCAGCGGAUCAGUGGAGCCUCCAAAUAUAGCCAUCAGUGUGUCCCAUUUUCAGUUUGAUGGGGUCCAUGCUGGUUGUCAGCAAGCGAUACCUUUCACUCUGACAAACCGAUCGUCAGCCGCAGCCAGUUUCACCUUCAACCUGUCUGAAUACACAGAUUUCUCUUUGCAUCUCCCUCAGCCCUCAGCAAAAAAGGAACUAGGAGUGAGUGUUGUGGAGGUCCAGGGCAGCCAGACGGUGAACUGUUCCCUUGUCUUCUCCCCCACCCAGGCAGCCAGUUAUGACUUUGAUCUGCCACUGAGGGUCAACGGAGUGAGAUGGCCCACUGCUUUUACUUUCUCCACUCCAUCCUCCUCCUCUGCCUCAUCCUCACUGCUGACAGCUGGCAGCAGGAAGCAUGUCAUCAAACCUCUGUCUGUCACCAUGGCGACGCCACAGUCACCGCGCAUACAGGCCACAGUGUUGUGUGCCCCGUUAGAAAUGUCCCCCCGUAGCCUACAGUUCCACGUGGAGCUGUUGACACCUCAGUCUGAUGCUUACUCCGAGGUAUCAUCGAGGACAGUGGAGCUGAAAGCAGUGUGUAAAGAGAGCAUUAUUUGGCAUGGUGGUGUCAGGAAGCAUGUAAACUGGUGGUUUGACUGCAGUGCAAUAGCCGUAUCAACAGAGGACGGAAGCGAGAGCGAGCUAUGUACGGUAUCUCCAUCAUCAGGUACUUUGGGACCUGGCCAGUCCAUCUGCUUGGAGGUCAGCAUCAACCCUGAGGCUAUCAGAACACGGUCUGGACGAGUGACAAAUUUGUCCCUCCCUCUUUACUGGGGAGAUGAGGGAGUGGAGGGGAUGGAGGGAGGGAACGGACAUCAACCCCACCAAGAGCUAUCCAUCACUAUUACUCUCCACCUUCCUUGUAUCACCAUGCACCCCCCUCAGAUCCUUCUUACACCAGUACCCCUGGGAAGCAAUACAACUGCCACACUCACCUUGCUCGCUUUUGGAUAUCCCAGUGGAAUCAGUGUAUCAGCUGAAGUGAAUGAGGUACAACUGGAUGAUGGAACAAAGAUUCAGCCUGUUUCUGUCAUCUUUCCAGAGGGCAACAGCAUCCCUGCCCCACAACAGGAUCAGAGACAUCCAGUCAGCAUCGAGAACCACAAAGUCAGUGUGACUUCUCUAAUCUGCAAUGUGUCCUUCUGCUCUGCCGUCCCUCUGUCCCUCUGCACAACCAUCACCUUCACUGAUCACCUCCAGAAUAGGUUUAAGGUUAGGUUGUGUGCUAUCGCUGACAGCUGUCUGUUGACAGUUUGGCCCUUCAUGGCCCGGCACCGCUCCGAACAACAGAUAGUUCUCAAGCCUGGGGCCACAGUUGUUGAGGCGAUCCUUCAGCACUGUCACACACCAAGUCCUGCCUCUGGUCCAACUUCAUCCUCCUCCUCCUUGUUUGAGCACAACAGCUCAGCAACUAAGAACUCAGCCUCAGACUCCUUCCCAGACAGUGACGAUGUGAGCAGACAGACCAGCAGGGAAACAGAUGUCUCUACUCACAGAGACACCACAAACAAUCUUGGCAUCCCAGAAUUCCCCGCUGCCAGUUCAGAGGAGGGAAUAUAUUACCAGAAUGUUGUUUUGGCUGUGGAGAGGUGGUUUAGCCUCUUUGGGUGGGCAGGUGGACCGCACCCUAUCUCUGUACCACACACCCUCAGGAGAGUUGUGUCAAAAGUUCAGACGAAUCUUUCUGGCAGGACUUAUCGAGUCAGUCAAAAUAGAGACUGCAGGUCUGUUGUUGACAUGCUUCAUCACCUCACUGGCAAACAGAUUCCUGGUAUUCCUCACUGCCAGACAUUUUCAAGUGAUAUAGGCCAGCGCACCGGUCAGCUGCUACAGCAGCAUGAAGCUAUGCUUGCUUUUCUCAGGGUGCAGGGAGCCCUCCUUUGUCACAUCAGACCAGAGUACUUGCUAGAUACACAGGAGUUUAAACACUGGUGCUCUCUGCAGUCAGAUGGAGAAGAACAUGGUCUGGACAACAGUUGUGUUGACUAUGAGUCUCUGAGCAAACGAUCCUGGACUGACGUGCUGCUGCAAAUAUAUAAGGUGCUGGUGUUGUGUCGCGUGUCCGAGAGCAGUCUGAGCACAACUUUGAAUAGCAAAAACGUGGAUGGAAUCCUCCCCUUCAGCUCACAGCCACUGGCCAGUAACGUCUAUUCGUCGUGGGAACUCCAGCUGCUCUUAUGGCUCAACAUGCACUACCAGAGCAUGAGAGAGACUGUGUGGGGAGCAGGUGGUGUCCCAUCAGCACGCUGGAUAGUGAAUUUUGACCUGGACUUGACAGAUGGGCUGGUACUAGCUGCUCUGCUUGCUGCCUACUGCCCUUACCUGAUCUACAGCCACUUUUGGAGGAUGUACACCACAACUACCAGCCUGGAGCAGAUUUUUCACAACAACAUCAUAGUGUCCCAAGCCUUAACUUCACUUCAACUCAACCUUGAUGUACAGCCCACAGACUUAUCAGACCCUAAUCCAGUACAGAUGUUAAUGCUGUGUGUUCACCUUUAUGAGAAGCUGCCUCAGUACCUGCCACUGCACACCAUAACACUCUCAGGAAGCCUUCACAGCACUUUCAGCAAACAGGUGCGUCUGAAAAGCCCAUCUUCUAAGGCUGUCAAAUACCAAGCCUUCCUCUUAGGAAAGGAUGCCCAUCUCUUCUCCCUCCCUGAUGGAUUUGCUGUCACCAUUCCUCCAAAGGCGAGCACUGAACUGACGGUCCAGUACAGCUGCUCCUUCAUGCAGCCAAUGGAAGCAGUCCUUCUGCUCAUCUCCAGCUGUCCUUUUGGCCUGUGUGGCACCACUCUCGCCUUCAAUCUGAAGACCCACGUCAGUCACAUCACACCCACAAACACUGUCAAGUGCAAGUCUCCAUGCUAUCAGCUGAAAGUGAUCCAAGUGCCCAUAACUAACCCUUUCAACAAAGAAGCUAAGUUCAGGGUGGUGCUGGUGGAGUCUCCUUUCGACCCACUGGAGCAUGAAAAGAAAAAAGACAGCCUCGUUCACCAGGCCUCCUCCAAAGCCAACAUAGAGAAGAUGAGUUCAUACAACAGCUGUGCGGAGGAGAUGGAAGAGAAGUGCUCAGAACUCAAUGGUGAAGGCAGUGAGUUCCUCAGUGCAGUGAACAGUGUUUUUCUGAAGGCAGGCCAAGCAGACACUCUGAACAUCCACUACCUGCCCUUCUGCCCAGGCACGAAGUACUGCUCUGUGCUGCUUGUUUGCCCACUGGUGGGAGAUAUGGUUUACAUGGUAAAAGCCAAAGCACAGUUGCCUCCUCCUUCCCCUCUCACUGCAAGGCCCAGUUCUAACAUGGUCUCUAUCUCCAACACCACUGACCCAACUGUGUGUGUAUCAGUGCUAAAUCUACACUGCAAGGUGGGGCAGGUGUGUGAGGAGGUGGUGCAUGUGCCGCUGAUCAAUAUGGCCUGGGAGCAGGCUCUGGCCAUCUGGGGUCAGUACAGCAUGAGUGCUGACGAAUACAGGAGACGGAUGCUAACACACACUUUGCAUAGCAGCACCGUGAGGGUAAACACUGCUGCUCGCAAGCUCAUCAAACAACAGGCCACACUGCUGAGAGAUAUUCAGCACAGUAAGCAAGUAGAAUACAGUGUGGAGGUUUCUUUACCACAAUACUUCACUUUACCUAGUACUGUUUCAAUACCUGUUAAAGAAGGCACCAACAUACCAUGGGAGAAUCCUGCAGACUGUGGGUGUGUGGAUAUGCCAUUGAGGUUCCAGGCAGACUCUGUGGGGCAGUUUACAUGUCAGGUUGUCCUGAGGUCCUGGCGUGAUACCAGGGUCUAUGUACUAGAGGCGCUGGUUACUGCACAAGGAGAAACCAUCCACUUGGACUUCAGUUCACCUGCUCACAGUUCAGUCACACAAGACAUACCACUGCACAAUGAGACCCACCGAGACUGGAAAAUGCAAGCUGAAGUGUGUGGUGAAGGAUUCUCUGGCCCAAAGGUUGUGAAUGUGCCAGCUGGGACAAGAGGCUGCUAUCCCCUCACCUUUCACCCUUCUGCACAAUGCAUCGUAAUGGGCAAGCUGUCCUUACAUAAUGACUGCGACGGUACUGAGCACGUGUUUACCCUCAGAGGAGUGGGAGAGCCCCCCCUGGCUGUGGACCAUGUGGUACUACACUGCCCUGUAGGUCAAACCACACAUACAAAGUUGGAAAUCCCUAACUACAGCAAGAACAAACUGACUCUCAAGGUGGUGACAAACCUAUCUAUUGUCAGUGGCACUCCCUUCCUGGAGAUUAAACCUGGUCACAGCACUCCGUACACCCUAGCUGUGUCACCAUGGAAACGAGGAAAACAGACAGGAUAUGUGUCAUUUUUUGAAAUUGAUAACAUACAAAAGCCAGACAAAGACAAUGGAAAUGUACUUGGAUGCUAUGAGGUGCAUUUCUCUCUAGAGAUAAUUUGUGAGCCAGCAGCACCCAUCAAGGUCAUAGAUGUACAGUGUGCUACUCAGAGCUCAGUUGCCUUAGAGAUUCCUGUCCGUAACCCACGAGGACAGCUCCUGAUGCUGGAUGUGUACCUGGAAGGAGAUGACCUCAGUGGAGCCAAUUGGCUUUCAAUUCCCCCAUGGGAGACUCUCACCUACAAAGCCAUGUUCUCCCCUGGUGGAGUAGGGAAGAGCACAGGCAGUGUGUUGUUCCAGUCAGAGCUGGUGGGGGAGUUUUGGUAUCGACUGGAGCUUUAUGCUCUUCCUCCUCCAGUCAUCACACUGCCACAUGUCUGCUGUCAGCUGGGCAAAUGGACCAGACAGACCAUUCCCUUGGUUAACCCAACAGCUGAGGCUCUGGAGCUGCGUGUAGCCAACAGUAACCCCAGAAACUUCAAAUUGGAAAUGGGUUCAGGAAGUAUUCUUACUGUGGAACCCCAUUCCUCCACCCAGCUUGGUGUCCGUUUUAGUCCCUCAUCUAUUGGAGAGGGGAAACACACGGCAAAGAUCACUUUCACAUGCCCUGAGUUGCAGGAAUGGUGUGUGUUGCUGAGUGGACGUGGCCUUUAUCCAGAGAGCAAGGAGCCUCUGAGCAUCUCAUCCCCAAUUGACUCUAGUGCCUCCAUCACCAUCCCCUUCACAAACCCCACUGAGCUUCCAGUAGAGCUCAAAAUCACACUCACAGAUGAGGACCUGAGUGGGGCCCCAAACUGCCAUCAAGUCACUGCCGAUAAGGAGGUCUUCUCUGUCCCUUUGAGACACACUGAAGGUAUACAGCUCAGUGAAGGGGCCAGUUUUGAUGUGCCUGUGGUGUUUGCACCUCACUCUGUGGAGCUACAGCAGGCCUGGCUGUGCAUCAUUAUGAAGCCCCUCGGCAGCCCCAGUGACAACAGUACCAUCAGCAUGGGCAGUUUGAAGUCAGAGCAGGACUUAUCAACCUGUUGGAUUUACCCUCUUCGUGGGAUUCCCGUGGAAGUGCCUGUUGAGGACUCACAACUUGGCAUGGUCCGCUGUGAAGUAGGCUGCCAGCUGGAAAGAACAAUGGACAUAGUACUCACCGGAUGUUUUCUGGGGAAUCAGGACUGGACAGGCCAGGAAGCUUCACAGGUGUCGGUGGAAGGCUUCCUGUGCGAGGUUCGUUCGCACAGCGAAACAGAGCACUCUGAGGUGGAGAGUUGCCUUUCUGCCUCCGUAGAGACGGCAAGGAGGGACCCUGAGACUGGCAUCGUGACACUCACCCUUAAUGUAGUCUACACUCCCCUCAGGCCAUGCAGGAGCUCUGCAGUUCUAGCUGUACAGUGUGUGUCUGGCAGCAUGUGGGAGUUUCCCAUCACUCUCAUUGCCACGGAGCCUCAAGUGGACGAUGUCAUCCUCACUAAGGCUACUGAGUUGGGAAAGACUUCAGCUGUGGGCUUCCGUCUGACCAGCACCACCAGGAGGCCAGAGCCAUUUACAGCAGUAUUCCUGCCAGGCAGCAGCAGUGAGUUCACAGUGACUCCAUCUUCAGGGACGUUACCUCCUAUUGGUUCUACUGGAGCUCUCAUCAGUGUGUCCUUCACACCCACCACAUGCAGCAAGCACAGAGCAAGACUAACCAUCCAGGCAGCAGACAUGCGGUGGACCUAUGAGGUCAAAGGACAAACUAUUCAUGACUCCCCACCUCUCUGUACCACAUCCACCAGUGGCAUCUCUUCUGCAACUCGUCCAGCCAAUGAACAGCAGCGCAACUUCGUGGCUCAGAACCUUCGUCUCCCAGCCCUGGCUAACUCAUCCCCUCUCAGAGUCCGCAGAUAAAGGACAUCCUCACUCUCUCAUUCAGCUAAGAAAUGUCAUUUUUCACUUUUUUUGAAUUUAAAUUACAUGCAAAUUUAGCCUGGCAGUGUUUACUACACAAUGUCACCUUCAAUUAAAGAGUUAUCUUUA